GUGGAAGGAUUUGAAGAUCAUUACAGCCUUGUGCCGAGAAGAUUCAGCAAAAGGAAUGGGCCUGAUAAAUCCACCAGACAAAAGAUUGAGGAACAUCCUCUGGUUUUGUGGGCAGAGGAGCAGAUUGCCAAGGAACGUACUAAACGCUAUCCGGCAAGAGGUGAGAGGGAAUUUUCUUACCGCAAGAUUGGUAACACAGCACCUGACAAAUCAGAUGGCUCUGAUGACAUCUGGGUGAGCGAGAUGGAAGAACGGCAUGCAUCUCAUCAAUUUUAUGGAGAUCGCCAGUCACGUGGGAUAUUUUCGUAUUUUUUGAGUCGUUACUGGCAUGUCUUCAAUGACAGUCUUUGGAAAAAUCAGUGGUAUUUGCAAGACUACAGAACUAGCGGCGAUGUGCCCGUACUAGACCUGAACGUAGUUCCCUGCUACGAGGAAGGCGUGACUGGCAAAGGGGUAAAGAUCGCCAUCUUGGAUGACGGACUUGAGUGGGACCAUCCCGACCUGAGUGAGAACUACGACCCGAGCAUCAGCAUUGACCUGAUAGAAGGAGACAGAGAUCCAAAACCGCGUUACGCGGCCAAUGCUGACAAUUCACAUGGCACGCGGUGCGCCGGGGAAAUCGCAAUGGUUGCAAACAACAGCUUCUGUGGAGUGGGCGUGGCUUUCAAUGCUCGAGUCGGAGGUAUAAAACUAUUGGACGGCCCCACGACCGAUUUGGUAGAAGGGAAGGCGUUGAUAUAUGCAUUGGACCAGGUGGACAUCUAUAGCAGCUCAUGGGGUCCUCCAGACAACGGCAGAGUAGUGGAGGCACCGGGUCGAGUCGCCUCCAAGGCAUUCGAGAUUGGUAGCAGCAAAGGACGCGAGGGUCGCGGCGCGAUCUACGUGUUCGCAGCGGGCAACGGGAAGUCGCUGGGCGACAGCUGUGCGGCAGACGGCUACAUCAACAGUGUGUACACGAUCGCUGUCGCAAGUGCGACCCAGUCGGGCCAGCCGCCCUACUAUGGCGAACGGUGUGCGGCUAUAAUCACUACGGCAUACUCGUCAGGAAAUCGCAACGAGGAACGCAUU